UUUCACCAAAGCCAUUCGCAUUUGGCCACGUGGUCGUUUUCUCAUCUCAAGAUAAGCCUUCUUCUACUACCUAAGCUUCGAGUUCUCUUCUCCCUCUUCCUCGCUGCAGCAAUCCAAGACGAAGCUGAGAGAAAGAAGACGAAUCGAGAGCAAAAGCUCAAUCUAAGCUCGCAAGAAAGCUCGAGUAGCAGCCAUGGCUUUAGCACCCACGUCUCUCCGGUGCUUCCUCACCGGAAGGCCACUGUGCAGUGCGGGCAGCACGGCGGCCGUGCUCCCGGCGCCGAAGCCGACGAGGCGGCGGCCAUCGGCGAGGCUCUCGUGCAGGGCGGCCAAUGAGGCGCCGUCGACGCGGGGUGAUCUUCCGGUGAAGCUUGGCAAGCUGGCGAUGGUCGCGCUGGCCGCCGGCGUGCUCGCGCUCUCGCCUGUCGACGAUGCCAUGGCGGCCAAGUCCGGCGGGAGGGUCGGCGGGCAGGCGUUCCGGUCUGCGCCACGGUCCGCGCCACGGCCGUCUGGUCCACGGAUAAACAAUUCGAGGACGAACAUCUACAUCAACCCACCGGUGGCGCCGCCUCUGGUCGGCGGUUACGGCUAUGGCUACGGCUACGGUUGGUCGCCGUUCUCGUUCUUCGCUCCCGGCCCGAGCGUGGCCGUCGGUGUCGGCGGCGGCUUCGACACGCUGGUGCUGUUCAUCGUGCUCGGAACGAUCGUUGGCGCUGUCAGGCGGUUUCUCAACAGGAACGACGACGACUACGAUGAUUACUGAAUUAAUUACUGUGUUGCUGAUACUGUUAGGAACGAUGUCAUCAGAUCAUACCGUGUGUAAUGUGAUAUAGCGAGGCUAUUUUUUUUCAUGUCAAUUCUAAGGGAACAGAUCGGUAAGCUAGAAGUGAAAUACAUUAAUUGGUGCAUGAGGAGCAACCUGUAUGUAUAAUUUUGUUCUUGUGGAGUAAAACGAGAGUAGAUUUGUAUAUCUGGAGUUAAUCGAUCUGAAAUUGUCUGAAGAACUGAUGGUUUAA